AGUGCUGCUGGACUCUUUAAUUACGCAAAGGGUUCUUUGAGUGUUCAUGGUGCUGUAUAGAACCAUUUCCUUUUCUAAGGAACCCUUGAAGAACCAUGGGCGGUUGGCAGAGCAGUGAGUGACACCACUGUACUUUAAAAAUAAGUACUUAAAUAAAAGUGCUUAAAGGUACUUUAAAAGUGUUUUGAAUGCCCUUUCUGGUUGUGUGAGGGCUCCAAAGACACUGACUUCUUUUAAAAUCAGAUUAAAGACAUUUUUAUGUAGUUUCUGAUUAUUAGGACUCUUUAUACACACACACACACACACACACACACACGUAACUGAACUACAAUUCACUCUACAUACGCAAUGCACAUAAUUUAUGAGUAUUUAUGAUAUUUAUUAACCCUUUUUUAUUCAACAACCUGAUCAUUUGCACGUAGGCACACAUCUGCACUCUACCUUACACAUAUUCUUGUAUAUUUUAUUUUUCUUGUAUAUUACAUUUUUCUUUGCUGGUUUAAAUUCUAUUUUAUGUUGUGUUUUCUGUCUUUUCCUGGCAACAGACAGUCGUAUAAGCAUUUCACUGCACGUUAUACUUUGUAUGGCUGCAUCUGUGACCAGUGAAGCUCGAUUUGAUUUUGACAGUUGUCCUGGUCAGGUCCUCACUUCUAUACUAUUUCACUACAUAGGGCACAACGGGUAGAUUUGAGAUGUAAUCAGAAUGAUGUGAUCGUAAGAGUAUUUUACUACAUAGGGCACAAUGGUCGAUUUGAGAAACGCCCCUAGUCCCCUUCAUGGCCUAAAAACCUUCCUUCCCUAGAGCGUAGUCCACUAAGAAGGGAGCGAGGGUUUUUUUUGGGGACACACCCAACAUAACGUAAUCUGUGCGUGGCGAGAGGGGCGUGGCUUCAGAGAUGGCGUCCCUCCUGCAGCCCGACAGAGUGCUGUAUCUCGUCCGCGGAGAGAAAAAGAUCCGCGCUCCACUUUCUCAGCUCUAUUUCUGCCGGUAUUGCAGCGAAUUGCGCUCUCUGGAAUGUGUGUCACACGAAGUCGAUUCCCACUACUGUCCCAGCUGUCUGGAGAACAUGCCAUCAGCUGAGGCAAAGCUCAAAAAGAACAGGUGUGCUAACUGCUUUGACUGCCCUUGCUGCAUGCACACCCUGUCCACACGCGCCACCAACAUCCCUGCCCCGCUGCCAGAUGACCCCACCAAGACUGCCAUGAAGAAGGCCUACUACCUGGCCUGUGGGUUCUGCCGCUGGACUUCGCGGGAUGUAGGCAUGGCCGACAAGUCUGUCGCCAGUGGAGGGUGGCAGGAGCCGGAGAACCCCCACGCUCAGAGGAUCAAUAAGCUGAUUGAGUAUUAUCAGCAACUGGCUCAGAGAGAGAAGCUGGAGAGGGACAGGAAGAAACUGGCCCGAAGACGUCCUUUCAUGCCUCAAGCCUUCUCGCAACACACUAUUCACGUGGUGGAGAAGUACGGCCUGGGUACCCGGCUGCAGAGGCAGAGAUCUGGAGCCCCGAUCAGCGCCCUCUAUGGCCUCUCUCUGAAGGAGGGAGAGGAGCAGAAGGAGGUCAGUAUUGAACCUGCUCAGGCUCUGGACGAGGUGGAGCCUCUGCCUGAAGACUGCUAUACAAGGCCCAUUAACCUGCCUGAAGUGACGACUCUUCGCCAGAGGCUGCUUCAGCCAGAUUUCCAGCCAGCGGGAGCCUCUCAGCUGCAUCCCAAACACAAGCAUCUGCUGAUGAAGCGCUCUCUGCGCUGCAGGAAAUGUGAGCACAAUCUGAGCAAGCCAGAGUUCAACCCAACCUCAAUCAAGUUCAAAAUCCAGCUGGUGGCUGUGAGCUACAUCCCUGAAGUGAGAAUCAUGUCCAUUCCAAACCUGCGUCACAUGAAGGAGUCUCAAGUGCUGCUGACGCUUACCAACCCAGUGGAGAGCAUCACCCACGUCGGCCUGUUCACCUGUGAGGAGGGGGAUCCUGACGACAUCAACAGCACGGCCAAGGUGAUGGUGCCAGCGAAGGAGCUGGUUCUGGCAGGGAAGGACGCAGCAGCAGAAUAUGACGAGUUGGCUGAACCUCAGGACUUCCAGGAUGACCCAGAUGUGGUGGCCUUCAGGAAGUCCAAUAAGAUCGGCUUCUUCAUCAAAGUGAUUCCACAGCAGGAGGAGGGUGAUGUCACUGUGGCCUUUAAAAUGCGUCACGAUUUCCGCAACCUAGCCGCCCCCAUCCGGCCCAGCGAGGACGGAGAAACACCCAGUGAGGUCAUCUGGCUCACACACCAUGUGGAGCUCAGCCUGGGGCCGCUGGUGGCCUGAAUCCACACACAGAGCUUACCUUAGACUCGCGGAGCCGUGGUCUCGUAAUGAGAAUACACGUCUGGGGACAACAUGCUAAACUCUCGCUGCUGGAUUGCGGCGAAAUCCGCUGCAAACAAGGAUACACUCCUCUAAAAUCCGCCUCCAGAAUCCUCUAGUUUGUGCUCUUUUAAUGUGCAGAGUGUAAUCGAUAACACAAAGCAAGCUAGCUAAGGAAUCGCUGUCGUUAGCUAACAGAACUGUUUUUUCCUGGCGAGAGGUUACGUUUAUUUUGUGAAGUGCUCUCUGCUUACAUGAUACACAUCUGCAUGCUCAUUUGGAGUUUUAUGGGACAGCCAUGCUAACUUACAUUACAUUAAUAGGCAAACAGCCUGUUUUUUAUCUGUGGCUUUGGAUUGGAUUCAUGCUUAGUUUGGUCCCACACUAAUAAGUCUACAUUCCCAUUUACAUUUAGCCAAGAAUUCUUCAUUAAGUGCUUUUACAUGCACUUAAUAAUCUGAUAACUGCAGAAAAUCAGAUUUUGUCAGUAAUCCGAUCAACACGUUUACAUGCACUUGAGUAAUCAGGUAACGGGGAAACUCCAGGUCUACAUAAGUCAGGCAGUAAUCAGAUUUCUGCUUUGCAACCAGCCAGUAAACUCACAGAAGAAGACGUGACGUAAACAUGAUGUAAAACUCAAACUUCAUGCUCACUUUACCUGAGAAUAUGAACAGACAUCAUCUGGUUUCAGGGUCUCGUAGCGACGCUGCUGGGACCGCUGUCUGUUUUCGCUCAUGCGCAGACUGAGAAAUGCAAAAGAAAUCAGAGUAAGAGUUCACAUGCACAGGGAAAUCUGAUUUCUGAGCUAAAAUCCGGCUUUCUUUAUCAGAUUUCUUCAUUGGAUUUCUAGACUGGAAUAAGGUGUUUACAUGACCAUUUGAAUAAUCAGAUAACUGCAGAAAUCUGAUUAUGAUCAGAUUAUUGAGUGCAUGUAAACACGCUCAUUGUUAUCCCCAGACGUUCUUGUUACGAAAUAACAUCUAGCCCCGCAAGACUAAGCUCAGCUUUGGGUCAGUGUUGGCCUGAACUGAUAUGCUCUUAGCCACACAUGUUCAGACUGAGAUCAGACUGAGAUCUGACUGCUAGUGCAUUAACAUGAAUACACAGAGGCUGGAGCUGCUGAUAGGCUGAACACAUACAUUUAGUCACAUACACAUAAUUACAUACAUUAGCAUUCAGAAGUUUGGAACUGCUGUUCAGAAGUUUGGAAUCAGUGUCUUUGAUAAUAUAAAGGUUCAAAUGUAAUUUGGAUUCAUACAGGUGUAGAAAAUGAUUCUGAUAUGCUCGUCCUGUGAGGAUAGUAGAGCUGCUGCUGAUUGUAAAAUGAUUGAGGAAGCUGUACAGCUGUGAGACUUAAGUUAUUUCAAAAUGAAUAUUCAUCAUAAUUCAAAGUGGAGAUCACAGUAAACUUUAAACAUUAGUGUAAGUAGAUAAUUACUGUAUAUUAUCCUUUUAUUCACUUCAUGUUUACAGAAUUCUUUGAAUAUUUUGAUGAACAAUGUGUAAUAUUCAAAUCCACAUCGCUUAAGUCUUUAUAUAAAGUAGCACAACUAAUUAUGGCAGGUGAUUUCAGGGGUAGACACCUGUAUAAAACUUGCAUUGGCCACUCGGGCCACCAAGCCAGUUAAUCUUGUGGCCAAUAUUAAGAAUUUAGAAUAAUGCAAAUAUAUUAUAUGGAUUAUUAUAUUUGCGAUUAACAAGCAUGAAAACUACAUUAAUGACAACAUCGCUGUUGUGGUGACUGCAGUGGUGGCCCCCCUUGCUGAGCUGGUCCACCACUUCAGGUUAAUUCGUUAGAUGCUGUUUAGCUACUGCAGUGAGAGCCUCUCAGUGUGUUGCCAGCUUAUUUAACACCUUACUGUAUGUAUGUACUGUAUGUAUUAGCCAGCCUUAGCCAAAGGAACAUGACAUCACACCACCACUAUAUUAGUAGUGGUUUUAGCUAACAUAUUCCAACAAAAUCUGAUUUGUCCGAUUAGUUCUGACCAAACAGGUUUGUUAAAACGGGGAAAUGUAUUUACAAACAUCUCCAAGGCGGGUCUCCCCUUGGGCCACAGGCUCUGCAUUUAUAGUGGACAAAAUGUGGGCUGUUGUGGUCCCAGUGUCUACCACUGGUGGUUCCAAACUUUUGAAUUCUAAUGUAUAUACAGUAUAAACACAUAUAUCCAACCACACACCUAUAGAUAUACACAUACAGCUCAGCCUGGGGCUGCUAGCAGGCUGAAAGAGUGAGAUGAGCACACAAACAGGAACGAUUAGUGAUGGGAAGAUGAAAAUCAGUUCAGUCUCAUACUUUAAGAAUGGUAUAAUUCUGCAAAUGCUGAAUUUCCUCAGUAAUCCAGGUCCACUGGCGCUUUUCCACUACACUACUCACAGAAAUUUCUGUAGUGAAGUAUUUACCUGCAUGCUGUCGUUAGCUUCCCCUCACUAAUUAACCCCCUCCACACCAGGCUGAGCCCCCCGCAUCACUCUGUACAGAACCAGAACCUCUUCAGCGAGUGCACAGGAACACCUAUAGAUCCUCUUUUUCUGCUGUUGUUGCUCUCCUCCUUCACAGGCGCGCGCUGACUGAUGUACUGUAAGGUGUUUUGUCGCUUUUUCAGUGGAGCGCUCCGCAGAAUACUAAUGCGCAUCGGUUGUAAAUGGUGAAACGUAUUAAUUCUGUGUUAAAGUGUAGACGACGAAGACCACUGCUGAAGCUCGGUGUAUUAAUUCUCUGCUCCAAUCUGAAGACUGGAACACUUUAGGAGUCUUUCUGAUGUUUCUUUGUGUGACGAUUCUCAACUCUGUAGUUCAAGAGAGCCUUGAAAUGUGGUUCACUAAUAAAAACUGAGAUUAAAACAGCCGCCACUGUGAA